GUGACUAGUCCCAGUGCAGGGAAGUGCAAGGAGAGAGAGAGAGAGAGAGGAGGGGGAUGAGCUUCAAAGUUCGAGGCUUCCUCUCAUUGCAGGGAAUUUUUUCUUCUUCUUUGAAGGAAGGGGAGAGGAGAGAAGGGAGAUUGCAAUAAAGCAGCCUCAGCUUUGCAAUUGCAGCUUGCUUCCCCUCCCCUUUCUUUGCAAAAAAAAGGGGGAGGGAAAAAAAGAAAAGAAAGAGAGCAGCAAGCUCGUCUCCUGCUAUUCCCCCUUCUCUCCUCCCUCUAAAUUCUGACUGGUCUUUCCCCUUUAUUCUCUCUAUCUCUCCCCCCCCCCAAACAACAACCCUUCACACUCCACCUCCUCCUCUUCUUUCCUUUUUUUUUUGCCUUACCGCCCCCCUCAACCCCCAAUGCCAGCCAUGAUAGAGAAGGGCCCGGAGAUCUCAGGCAAAAGAAGGGGCAGGAACAAUAAUGCCAGCAGCCAGGCGAGCGGCGCUGCUUCUCACAGCGCCUCUGCCUCCGUCUCAGCCGGCAGCGCCAACAAUGGGAAUAAUAGUAAAAGUUUGGCAGCGCCCAAUGGCAAUGGAAGCAGCGCCGCCAACUCUUGGGAAGAGGGCAGCUCGGGGUCUUCCAGCGAUGAGGAGCAUGGAGGAGGAGGCAUGAGAGUGGGAACCCAAUACCAAGCCGUCGUUCCCGACUUCGAUCCUGCUAAACUUGCAAAGCGGUCCCAGGAGAGAGAAAAUCUUGGUAUGCUGGUCUGGUCGCCCAACCAGAAUAUUUCUGAAGCAAAGUUGGAUGAAUACAUCGCUAUUGCAAAAGAAAAGCACGGCUACAACAUGGAGCAGGCCCUGGGGAUGCUAUUUUGGCACAAGCACAACAUUGAGAAAUCUCUGGCUGACCUGCCCAACUUCACCCCCUUCCCAGACGAAUGGACGGUUGAGGACAAAGUCUUGUUCGAGCAGGCUUUCAGUUUCCACGGAAAAACAUUUCAUCGUAUUCAGCAAAUGCUUCCUGACAAAUCAAUAGCAAGCCUGGUGAAGUUCUACUACUCCUGGAAAAAGACGAGAACCAAAACGAGCGUCAUGGAUCGUCAUGCUCGGAAGCAGAAAAGGGAGAGGGAAGAAAGCGAGGAUGAAAUAGAAGAAGCAAAUGGAACUAACCCUAUCGAUAUUGAGGUUGAACAAAACAAGGAGAACAAAAAAGAGAUUUCUACUUUGCAGGUUCCCCCAGUGGAAACCGUUCCUCAGGUGAAGAAGGAGAAGCACAGUACCCAGGCAGCUAAGAACAGAGCCAAGAGGAAACCUCCCAAGGGAAUGUUCCUUUCUCAAGAAGAUGUGGAGGCCGUCUCCGCCAACGCCACAGCUGCUACCACCUUGCUGAGGCAACUGGAUAUGGAAUUGGUCUCCAUCAAACGACAGAUUCAGAAUAUCAAGCAAACAAACAGCGCUCUGAAAGAGAAACUUGAAAGAGGAGUCGAACAAUAUCGGAUGCCAGAGGUUACGCUGAAAUGCAACGCACGCUGGACCACCGACGAGCAGCUUCUUGCUGUACAAGCCAUCAGGAAAUAUGGUCGAGAUUUUCAGGCAAUCUCUGAUGUGAUUGGAAACAAGUCUGUGGUGCAGGUGAAGAACUUUUUUGUAAAUUACCGGCGGCGUUUUAACAUAGACGAAGUCCUACAGGAGUGGGAAGCAGAGCAUGGCAAAGAAGAGACGAAUGGAACUAGUACGCAGAAACCCGUAAAGUCACCAGAUAAUACCAUUAAAGUUUCUGAAGAAGAAGAAGAGGCAACUUCUGUUUUGGAUGUCAGAUAUACACCUGCAUCAUGAGAAACUCAGGUAGCCUAGGACAAUGUUGAUGUUUUGACUACUGUUGGUCAUCCAUGAUAUCAGGUAUUAGCAAAACCUCAAGACAGCCAUCAUAUCUCCGUGGACAAGCAGCUAUUACCAAAAAGAGAGAGAGAGGAAGAGAACAGAUCACGAACCAAGGCAAAAAACACUUCUGCUCCUGUGCUACAUUUGCCUUAAUUUUCUCCUCAUCCCUCCAUACUGCCUCCAUUUGCUCUUCUGCAGUUCCUGGGACAAGCUCUCCACCCUUCAACAACACCCAACUUCAAAGCAUUAGCUUCUCCUUGAGCCAUCUACGCGCCGGCAUGCAAAAACCUCUUACCAGCCAGCUCUCCUCCCCCUCCUGCUCCUCCCCACGCUCAGAGGGUGACCCCUAAUACCAGGGGCGUUUCUGAAACUUGCUCCCUAGUAGUAUGUGCUUCUGUACGGCCUUGUGUGGUUUCAGCUUACUUUAUGAUGUAAUCAUUAUUCUUACAGUGACAUUUUAAAAUCUUUUUUCUUUUUCUUUUUUAAAAAAAUUAUAUACAUAUAUAUAUGAAUGAACUGUCAAAUACAUGUAUCAAGCAUGUGCUAGGUUGGCCCGGUGGCUUCUCUGAAGUCAGGGGACAUGGCAAGUAGGUAGGAUUUCAGGGCUGCAAGCGGUAGACCACCAACCUCCUAGCACAUGCAGAAGCUUGUUUUCUGCUCCUUUUUUAUUUUUAAAGAAAACCCCGUUCUUAGUUGUGAUUUUUAUUAUUGUCAUUAUUAUUAUUGUCAUGAUGGACCUUCUUACUUAGUGCAAAAGGGAAUGUGCAGCCUAUAGCCUGCUUGGAAUAAUCUGUUGGUCGAUCGAUGUAUAUGCACCCAAACACCCAUGUACUUUCAUUAUAACCUCCCGGCGAAUGCUGACACAGCUGAGUUCCUUUGACUGUCUUAAAGGGUUAGAGCAAAAGCAGCAGCCUUUCCCAUUCGCUCCAGGGUUCUUCUGCAUCUGUUUGAUACUUCUGUCGUCUUAAAGAAGGGACUUCGCGCCCCACCGGAGUGAACGGAGGUUGCACAGUCGCUGCGCUCAGCAAAUGGCUUGCUUGGCCACGACAUUGCGGUGCAAAUUAGGAUAGAGAGCUUCGGUCCUUUAAAAUGUGUGUUUGAACAGAGGACACACACACACACACACCCUCUCACCUUUCUCCCACCCCAAGAGCUCCUUCAAGCUGCUGUCGCUUAGUUCCUUCCGACACGCAGAGCCCAGCUAUGUGGCAAAGGCCGUUAUGGCAAGUUCCACACUGGCGUAGCAUUUACUAGGAGCUGGGAUGGAGCUGGCUUGAGGAACAGAGGCUUGGAGGUUCCUCCUCCUUAGACUUCUGAACUUGGCAGCAUGGAAGCGGCGUGGGUACCAAAAGGAGCCCUUCAGCUAAAAGAUGUAGGAUGUAGCGUUCUUAAAUAUUUUCAUUAGCUGUAAUAAUGAUGCAAAAUUAAAUAAUUUUAAUCAGGGGUGUACAGGGGUUAAUUUAUGGGCGCGUGUUUUUAGUUGACUUCAUUGCCACAGUACCCUUAACGUAGAAAUCAAUUUCAAAUAAAGUUGCAACCUCAAUAUGCACGGCUUUUUGAGAUGCUGAGGGCCAAGAGUGGGAUUAAUUUGCAAUUUAAUAAACCUACUGCUCGUUAAGACAGAAAAAGAGCUAUCUUUAAUACUUUUCUUUUACCAUGCCCUUUUUUACUGUAGCAACUGCAAAUGUACGCGUGUGCCCUUCGCUGGCAGUCACGCUGAUUUUAAAAUUUGCCUCUGCCUUCUAAAGUUGAGACACACACACACACACACACACACACACCCUACCUACCUACGAACUAACCUGCCGAUAAAAGCCGAUCAAAGCUUGCUGUCCUAAGACACAUUCUGUUUGGUACACCAAAAGCCACUGCAAAUAUAUGGGGGAACAGGUCUAGUAAUAACUCCUUGUUUCCUGAGGUAAUGUAAACGCCUUAUUUUUGGAAGGGUCCGUCCCUUCUGUUUUGAUAAUUAAAAAUAUAUGCAGUUAAAGCACAACAGGUGGCUUAUUCCUUACGACAUGCAUUAGCCAGUGUAAGCAUUUUAACCACUGUGGUGUACUUAGGUGGCACUGAAGCUUUUUUUUAAAAAAAUUAAUAACAGUAAUAAUAACUGGGGACUUCUACUAUGCACGGAGAAGGCAGAACUGCACUUUAUCAUAAUUUUCAGUGGCUGAAACCACAAGGGAAUUGCAAUCGGCUGGUAGACAAAUUUCAGUGACAAUAAUAGCCCAACCCAAGCAGGGAUGAAGGACUUUGUGGUCCUUCAGAUGAUGUUGGAUCUUAGCUCCCACCAUGCCUGACCAAUGGCCUUGCUGGCUAGGGCUGAUGGGAGCUGUAGUCCUGCCAAAUGUGGCAAGCAACAGGUUCCCCGAUCCCUAGCUUAGCGGGUCCUGAACAGCCAAGAUCAAGACUAAUUCUAGCCACUUGGAAGCACCUUUUAAACAAGACUUGCUUCAUAGCAUCUGCCUGAUGAUGAAAUGUUGGAGAAGCCGAGAUAUAUAACGUUGCUUGUUUUCUUAUCCAGGGCUCAAAACAAGAGGGGGAAUACAUAGAUAACACCAAAAAUCAUAUAGAGCUAAAGAAACAAUCAAGCUUUUUGAAAAAUAACGCCAGCUAGUCUACUGAGGGACAGGGAAAUUGAAAAACACUAGCGUGCAAAUGACAAAAUCUUGGCCUCCUUCCUUUACUCCUAAGUGACACCUCCUUGUGCCUGAGAUAUCUGAUCUAGAUUACGAUCUCUGGGAACCAUUUCUUCCCCUUCUUUAAAUCCUCACGUAUCCAUAUUGAAUUGAUUCUGUUCCCUGCCAGGCAAGGUUGCAAAAAGUAGCUGCUUCCGAGAGACGUGGUGAAGAAUAAUUGGCCGUGUUUUAACCAUGUUCUGCAUUAAAGAGGUUGUGGGUUUGGAUUACCACCUAGUAAUUUAUUUAUUUUUAAAAAACAACCCUGUCCUGUCCUUUUUAAAUAAUCCAGCCACAGCACUAGGCAGUGUGCAAUUUUUAUAUUUUUAAAGAAAAUCUAUGUAAAUGUUUUAUAUUAAAUUAGCAGAGGAUAUAAUAGCCAGGUUGGUUUGAACGGUCUGCCUCAAAUCCAUACUGUCGGAGAGCUGAAAGGUAUGAUCAUGUGAUGUAUACGUUACUGGACAUUUGAGAUUGCUGGUUGGGAGAGAUUGGAAAGCUCUUCCAUGUAGAGAACUUUCAUGCCAGAGAGUGUGGCCAGAACUUCUCCCUGACAUGUUAAGAUUUUGUAUCUAGGGAGCAUUUAUGUCUCUUCUGCAGCUUGUACAGUCUUGACAGUGGACCUGCAGCUUGUACAGUCUUGACAGUGGACCUGUUGAUCAUGUGGUUUAGCUCAGAGUACAAGCCUGUUUCGCUGCUCCCUUCAGCAAACCUACCAAACAAAAAGAUGAGUUUUGGCUUGAUCCCUCUCCCAGGAAGAGAAAUCAUGUCUUCGCCUCUUCACGAUUACCUUAUUGUAAGCCUGCAUACAAUAAAAUGUGACACUGAAUUCCCCUCCCCCUAUUGGUUGAAUAUCGCCUGCAACUGUUCCAGUAUGAAAUGGGGGAAAUAUUGUUAACUUUCCUUUCGGUUGUUUUCUUUCUUUCAUAGUCUUGUCUCCUAUAUGGAAAAGCUUAAACCUUUCAGUUCAAGCAUUCAACCGAGGCGCCACAUUCUGAUUUAGAAAGUUCCAGAAAGAUUGCUACAUUAUAUGUAAUAUUUGCUUACAUUUUGUUUCCUUAAACUAUCAGUAUGGAUGUUAUAAUUAUAUAUAUUUUGUGGAAGAUGGGAAGUUUUUGUUUCCUUCUAAGUAUAAGUUAUUGUGCAACGACGACAUCGCUACAACAAAAAGUGGUACUUUUUUUUUAAAAAAAAAAAAGACUUUUAGUUUUAGAAAUCUUAACAAAUGUACACACGCGCCAUAAUUUUACGUUUGUUCUAUUUAAUUUUUAAGUAUAGUUGUGUAACAUGCCAGUACAUUUCCCCCCAUUUCUACCCAACCUGCUCUGCUUAUCCAUCAGGAUACCUUGUUUACUUGAAUGUUGUAUCCUAACUGGUCUGAAACAUAGCGAUCGAACUUCUGUAAGGGAAGAAGAGACAUUGUAUGAUGAACUUAACAUAGCUUAGGGAAAUGUACAAUCAUAUGCUCAGCAGCAGCUACAACUGGCAAAGCAGCCAUAAAUCCCUUGCACAUAUUUCAGGGAUUUUAUUUUAUUUAUUUUAUUUUAUUUGCAGAUUCCCCCCUUUGAAACGCAUCUGUGUGUUGAGGAGGGAGGGAAUUGUGGCCCUUGGCCCCGAUCCCUGACUUUCAUGCAGCUGCUCCCCCACCCCUGUUUUCCAGGGGUUGGCAGAAUGUGUGGGAAAGGGCACAGAUCUAUGGAGUCUUCAGUCUGAGUAGGGACAUUGCACAACCAAGCUCUUUGAUUGUGUGGAUAGAAGCCAUCUGUGUAUAGACACCCCUUUCAUACAUUCUGCUGAUCACAGAUUGAGGGGCAAGAGGACCGGCUGUUUUAACUGCUCUCCCACUCCGUGCAGUCAGUACAGGUGAAACCCUGAAAAUUAGAAUAUCGUCGAAAAGUGCAUUUAUUUCAGUAAUGCAACUUAUUAUUAUUAUUUUUACAAAUGCUUUCGUUUGGAAAUUCCACAGGAAUAAAACAAAUAGUUACAAUAAUACAAAAAUAAACACUGCUAUUACAUUUCAUUAAUUGCAUUCCAUUUAUAAUUGACCCGCCUAACGACAAAUAAUUACAAUUACAACAAAUAAAGGCUUGACAUAUCUUGCUUUGCAUGUCAUGCAUCUAUCUCAUAUAUUGGUUUCACCUUUUAAGUUGCGUUACUGAAAUAAAUGCACUUUUCGAUGAUAGUCUAAUUUUCCGAGUUUCACCUGUAUAUGCAUGGAGGGAAGGAGGAGGAGAAGGUCAGGCCCUGCCUUCUAGUCUACUAGUCGGUGGGGUGUGUGUUGUCUGGCAGCCUGCCUUACAUACCCCCCAGGAAGUCAGGUGUCUCCUCCACACAGCUCCCAAAAAAGACAGGUUGGACCAUAGAACCAAUGGUGACCAUUCUCUAUCCUGGAGGUGGUAAUUCUGCCCUCCUGUUCCACAGCCCCAAGUAGUCCACUGCAAAGAUGUACCAGGAAUUCCAAACGGAAUGAUCCCUGUUCCAGUGCCAGCCAGCACCGUGUUUGAACACUUGAUAGAUGUGUUGCUUAGUAGUCCCAUGCGUGAUGUUUGCAUCGGCCUCCUGACAGGGAUUGAUGUAUGGGUUUUUCUUUCUUUCUCAGAAGUUUAAUCCCAUGUGCAAAGCUUCCCCUUGAUGAAAUGAAGUAGUUUGUCAUGUGGCAUUGGUAGGCCAGGGAACGGAUGCUGUUUGAGAAGGGGGG